AGCCUGGAACUAAAGAGACAGGAAGUGCAAGUCAGCUCGAGCCCGUGAGGGGGAUUACUGCGUUUCGGUCAGCAAAGAAUAUCGACUGUUGCAUGGUACUCGAUAGAAAAACGCAUUUCUUUAACGAAUGUUGUAAUUUAAAUCGACGCCAAGUUACUCUUAACGUCUCCAACAUUUGGUGUUGCUUUUGCUCUACAAAGACACCACGAUGAACGGGAAAUCUGCGAACGGUACUGCGGGCGGAACACUGGCCUGUAUCGAGGGGCUACCCCCACUGCCGAAGAGCCUGAGCGGUCUGCUUAACUCAAGCGGCGGGUCUUGGAGAGACAUGGAGAGGAUGUACGCGAAGAAGACCAUGAUCCAAGACGACCUGAGCCGAGGGCGAAAUAACGCAGAUAAUUUGCUGGCAAACAAACCGGCCAACCUCGAUGCGGCUUUGGCUCUCCUACGGAAAGAAAUGGUGGGUUUGCGGCAGCAGGACAUGUCGUUGCUGUGCCAGCUUUGGUCCCUGCACGAGUCCAUCCAGGAAUACAAAGGCAGCUGUCAUGACCUAAGUGCCGGCGCCGGUGGCCUGGAUAACGGCUACUUCGACGAGGAGGACGAGUACUACCAGGAGGCCUCUGGGACCACCCCUACGGAGGCCCUGCCCCCGGGGGAGGGCCCCGAGACGGAGGGUUUGAGUCCCAAGAACGGGACCAGCAAGGACAGCUGGCUGCAGGACUCCUUCCAUGUGACUAUUUGAGAGAUGGAGAGAUGGAGGGAGGGAAGGGGGGAUGUGGUGGAGAAGGGAGUAAGACAUGAGGGAGGUUUAAGAGAGAGGAAAGGUCUCUGGUUGGAGUUUUGAAGGCCUUCCUCUCAUGGCGGUCUCUCUCUCUGGGUCUUUCUCCUCAGAGAAGGCAGGAGGUGGCCUGUUAUAUCCUACCUCGACCACCUCCCCUGAGGCCUUUAGAAGGAGAAGAUAUGGAAGCUACCUAUCUACCUUCCACCUGACUAGAGAGACUGAAAGGAGCUGAGCUGUGGACCUCCAGACUUCGACAGCUCCACACCUAUAGAGGCAAUAUGCUCUUUAUAAAGAGCUCCGCUGCAGUACAUGCUGGCUUAUAUAACCCCCCCCCCCCCCUUUUUUUUGUUCUUUUUCGGCAAACCUUUUCAUAUAAAGAUAUAAACAAAGGUUGAUUAUUUAUUAUAUUAUAAAAAUGAAAAAUGUUAUAUCUCGUGUAUUUACUUGGAUGAACUUUAGAGUUUUUUUUUGUAUGGCUUGGUGGAAAGAGGCUGCCAGUUUUGGUCCAGCCUUGAACAGGGUUGAGAUGGAGGGGGACCUCCAGUUGCUCAUCCAUACAAGAAGAUGUCAGCUAGCAAGAAGUUAUGGGGAUCUCCAUCUCCAGGGUUAGAAGUGGUUUGCGGUUGCCUUUUGUAUCGGCCAGAGACAAAAGCGCGGGAAGAAAUGUGAUUUACAAAUACUGGAAACAUUCUUACAUCUGGAACAAGUUUCAAGACCACGAGAAGCGCACAUAUCUGACCCAGCACCAGACUGUUACCCCCCCCCCCCUCCCCCCCAAGGCCCCCGAGCUUUGCUUCUCCACCCAUGGUGAUGCCAUCUCAGACACAGGUAGCCUAGCCACCUUGUUAUACCACAGAUGACAUGACGUUGGUCCAGCAAUGUUGUUAAUUUUGGACGCGGUUUCUCUGUGGGGAAAACAACGAACUUGGUCUCAGGCGGACCUGCGUUUAGGAUGAACUAGCUUAACUUUCAUGGGAUCUUCCUGGUUCUGGGUAACCAACCGGAAACACUCACUCAUGUUGGGGGGGGGGGGGGGGGGGAAUAUUGUCCAAAUCCUUGUAGACAUUUAACAACUUGACACAGGGUACCCUUUCUAACUCCCGUCUAUAUGUUAUUCUCCCAUAUAUGAUCUGUGAUAUUUAUUUUGUUUGUUUGGCAAUGUUUCCAAACAGUCUUCCAUAGUCUUACCCAGAGAGCUUAGGUGACUGCACUUGGCGUCACUACAAGGAGAAUCAACUCCAAUGUUCAUUCUGAAAUUGCAUCCCGAAGGUGAACUUGUGCUUGUGCAUAUCCUGGCAUUUUGUGUGUGGAAAAAAAAACGGUCCAUAUUUUUGGGUGAUUGUGGUACUCGAACCAAAGAGUCAAAAUGACGCACACAUCCUGGUUUAUCGUAUUUGGAUUUCAAGGUGUUUUACCACACAGUGGUGUUGUGGUUUAAAAAGCCUGUAAUGCCAAGUUGUCUUUUUGCCCACCAUCAGCCUAGUUGUUGGCUACUAACACAUGUAUGAUGUGAUGUCUCUAUUGAAGAAUGUUGAACCUUCCAGGGUUAGCCUCAGACAGAGGCUUCUGGGUAGUGUAGUCUGUUAUCUUGACUGUUAAUGCAGUUUGACAAUGGAGCAUGCCUGUAGGCCAGAUGCUGCAAAAAAAACAAAAAAAUCCCAAAUCGAAAUGGAGCACUGAAAGAAAAUGUCUACGGAACCUUGUGUGGUACUCUACAGACAUGUAUACCUCCUUCUGCUUUUGAGUCUUUAGCCUACUGUAGGCAUGCAGGUUAACACACUACAAACACCAGCCCCUCAUUGUGAAAGUCAGUAUUACAGGACACCUGUCAGUCCUAAACCUUUGUCUGUAACACUACACAAAAACGUCCCUCCCAACGCUAAUUGCUAUUAGUGCCUUUAUGCCAUGUGGUCUCAGACCAUUGGCUAUUGCUGUUGUCUCUCUCCAAACCCCAGAGCUUUGGUAGCGUCUGCGACAAGAAAAUAUGGUGCAUCUCGUACAGGAGCUCUCCUGUAAACCCAACUCUGCAAAACGUUUGAUUCCCACCAAAAAGAAACCCCUUAAAAAAAGAGGUUGUUCACCAGCAAAAGAAAGUUCACAUUAUCAGUUAUGUGGAGCAGUCUGAAAUGUACCCCACCACUACCACCUGAGGGCUGGAGUGCAGGGUGUGGCUCUCUGUUCUGACAGGGUUUACCGGUGCAGAAUCAGGAUCUGCAGCCAGGCAGAAGGUCUUGUAGACCUUCGGGAAGUUCCACAUGAAUCAUUCAUGUUGUCAAACUAUUGAAUAUUUGCAUGAGUUCACAUUCUAAAUAAGGAAUCAUCAUCUUGUCCAUCUCCUUGUGGGGGUGGGGGGGGGGGUGCUAACGUGUUUAAAACGGCCAUUAGUGACAUGAGGGUAGUCAAAUACAACUUUGGUUCAUUCCUCCUCCAUUAAGUCAGUGGAUAUGUUUUGAUGUGUUUUAAGUACUUCUGAUUGUUCAUUAGGAUGAGAAUCCAUAAAACCUGCAAGGGGAUUGUUAUUCCGGUCUGUUCCUCAUGUUGAUUUGUUAUUUUUCAGUGAAUGACCAUACUACUGUUAUUGGAAGAUUGUUUUUAUGCUAUGUAAUAGUUACACAAAUUGUGUUAAUAAAUGACGAGUAAUAAAUAUCCUCAG